AUGAGCCCCGCGGGCGUGGGCCUCCGAGCCGCCGUGCUCUGCCUCCUGGCCUGGGCCGGCCUGCUGGCCGCCGACCGGCUGUACAUCCACCCCUUCCACAUGCUGGUCUACAACCAGAGCGUCUGCGAGCAGCUGGAGAGGCCCAGCGAGGUGCCGACCCCGGACCCCACCUUCACGGCGGUGCCCAUCCAGGCCAAGACGGCCCCCGUGGACGAGGAGGCGCUGCAGGAGCGGCUGGUGGCCGCCGCCCGGGGGCUGCAGGGCGAUGACAAGGCGCGGGUGGCCAUGGUGGGCAUGCUGCUCAACUUCCUGGGCCUCCGCCUGUACCGGACGCUGGCCGAGACCCAGGCCCCAGAGGCCGCCGCCCUGCUCUCCCCGACCGCCCUCUUCGGCACCCUCACCGCCUUCUACCUGGGGGCCCAGCACCCCACGGCCGGCCGGCUGCAGGCCUUCCUGGGGGUCCCCGGGGAGAACCAGGGCUGCACCUCCCGGCUGGACGGCCACAAGGUGCUGUCCGCGCUGCAGGCCAUCCAGGGCCUCCUGGUGCUGCAGGGCGGGGCGGCCGGCCAGGCCCGCCUGCGGGCGGCCACGGUGCUGGGCCUGUUCACGGCGCCCGGCCUGCGCCUCAAGCAGCCCUUCGUGGGCGGCCUGGCCCCCUUCGCCCCCGUGACCCUUCCGCGCUCCCUCGACCUGGCCGCCGACCCCCGGCUGGCUGCCGAGAGGAUCAACAGGUUCAUGCAGGCCGUGACCGGCUGGAAGGCGGGCAGCCCGCUGCGGGAGGUCAGCCCGGACAGCAACCUGGUCUUCAGCGCCCUCGUCCGCUUCCAAGGUCGGAUGAAGGGCUUCUCGCUGCUGCCGGGACCACGGGAGUUCCGUGUGGACAACGCCACGUCCGUGGCCGUGCCCAUGCUGACGGGCACGGGCAGCUUCCCGCACUGGAGCGACGCCCGCCGCAACCUCUCGCUGACCCGCGUGCCGCUCAGCGCCAACGUGGGGCUGCUGCUGGUGCAGCCGCACGACCCCGCGGCCCUGGCCGAGGCCGAGGCCCUCACCUUCCAGCACGGCCUGCUGACCUGGACCAAGCACCUGGCUCCCCGGGCCGUCCGGCUGACGCUGCCCCAGCUGGCGCUGCGAGGCUCCUACGACCUGCAGGACCUGCUGGCCCAGGCCAAGCUGUCCACCCUGCUGGGCGCCGAGGCCAGCCUGGGCGGGAUCAGCGAGGACCAGCUCCGCGUCGGACAGGUGCUGAACAGCGUUCUGUUUGAGCUCAAAGCGGACAAGGGGGAGCAGCCCACGGGGUCAGCCCAUCCUCCCACGGAGUCCGCCGAGGUCCUGGAGGUGACGCUGGACCGGCCCUUCCUGUUCGCCGUCUACGAUCGGGACUCCACCGCCCUGCACUUCCUGGGCCGCGUGACCAACCCGCAGAGCGCGGCGUGA